AUGGCUAUCUACCCUGAUCUACAUGGAAAAACUGCUAUGGUGACAGGAGGUGGGAGGGGCAUCGGCAAAGCCAUUUCAUUUGCACUCGCUAGAUCCGGCGUGAAAGUCGCUAUUGCCGAAAUUGACGGGGCAAUCGGUAGGCAAGUCGAGAAGGAACUCAUUAGCCAAGGUUAUGAAGCACGCUUCAUCGAGACAGAUGUCACCAGCUCCAGUAGCAUCCGAAACGCAGUUGAGGAAACAAUCACAAUAUUCGGCAACCUUGACAUUGCAGUGAACAACGCAGGCGUGAACGGUAAUUCCAUGUCGAUUUCAGAGCUGGACGAGGCCGAAUGGGGUAGAGUGAUCGAUACCAACCUCUCCAGCGUCGCCUACUGCCUGAAGUGGGAAUUGCAACAGAUGAUCACGCAAGGUCGCGGCGGCUCCAUUAUCAACAUCUCCUCCAGUGGUGCUCUGAAGACGAGGCCUACUAUGCCUGCCUACUGUGCUUCCAAGCACGGUGUGGCCGCUUUGACCACCACUGCAGCGAAAGAAAACGGCCACAACCAGAUUAGAGUGAAUGCGGUCGCCCCCGGCAUGACCAAAACUGAAAUGCUUUCCGACACCCUGACCAAGAUAGGUGCCAGUGAGGACGUACUUGCAAAGCAAAGCUCCCUUUUGGGACGCUGUGCACGGCCGGAAGAGGUUGCGGAAAGUGUAUUGUGGCUCGCAUCCGAUAGUUCUUCAUAUGUCACGGGUGUCGUUAUUCCUGUUGAUGCAGGGUACUCCUUGAUGUAA